AUGUCGUGGAAGAUCGGCAAGAAGUUCAAGGAGGGCGGCCUCCUCUCGUCCAAGAGCCACACACCGUCCGCCCCCGACUCGCGCUCGACCACGCCGACACCGAGCAACCCUCACCCUGGAGAGCCAAGGGAGACGCCCGUCAGCCCCCCCGUCGCCCGCAGCGGCAUCCUCCGUAUUCGUGUCACCGCCGGCAAGGGCCUGACCCUCCCACAGGGUGUCCACGUUCCUAGUGCCGUGCAGACUGCUCUCCAGCAGCACCCCACCAGCGUCCUCAGCGCAUCCCUGUCCUCCUCCCCUCGCGUACAGCACACGCGCAACCCGUCGACGAACCGCGACAGCCUGCAGCGCAAGCAGCUCUGGUGGCUGCCGUAUGUGGUCCUCGAGUUCGACAAGAACGAGGUCCUCGUCGAUGCGCUUGGCGGUGACCUUGCCAACCCCGUGUGGAUGUACAGCGCAACUUUUGACGUGUCGCGUAUCUCCGAGAUCAGCGUCAACACGUACCUCCGCACCGCGCCCCCUCAGUCGGGCGACGCCUCGGACAUGGGUAAUGCCGACCUCGGACUGGGUGGCAUUCGCUUCAUUCCCGACCUCGAGACUAUGCGCCUGACAGACGAGUGGAUCCCGAUCUCGGGUGGUUCAGGCGCUAUCCACGUCCAGGUCUCGUUCAAGCCUGCGCAGGGCCAGCCCUUGACCAUUGACUCGUUUGAGCUGCUCAAGGUCAUUGGCAAGGGCUCGUUCGGAAAGGUCAUGCAGGUCCGCAAGCGCGACACCCUUCGUAUUUACGCUCUCAAGACCAUUCGCAAGGCACACAUUGUCUCGCGGUCUGAAGUCACGCAUACGCUGGCAGAGCGUACUGUUCUUGCGCAGGUCAACAACCCCUUCAUUGUGCCUCUCAAGUUUUCGUUCCAGUCAAAGGAAAAGCUCUACCUUGUUCUGGCGUUUGUCAACGGCGGAGAGCUCUUCCACCACCUGCAGCGCGAGGGCAAGUUUAACGAGACCCGUUCGCGCUUCUACGCCGCCGAGCUCCUCUUGGCUCUCGAGCACUUGCACAGCUUCAACGUCGUCUACCGUGACCUCAAGCCCGAGAACAUUCUUCUCGACUACACUGGCCACAUUGCCCUGUGUGAUUUCGGUCUGUGCAAGCUCAACAUGAGCGCCAGCGAGACCACCAACACGUUCUGCGGAACGCCAGAGUACCUUGCGCCCGAGCUGCUGAGCGGCCACGGGUACACCAAGUGUGUCGACUGGUGGACCCUGGGUGUGUUGCUGUACGAGAUGCUCACGGGUCUCCCGCCCUUUUACGACGAGAACACAAACGAAAUGUACCGCAAGAUCCUGUCCGACCCCCUGCGCUUCCCCGACGAGGUCGGCCCCGAGGCCCGCUCGCUGCUCACCCGUCUGCUCGACCGCGACCCCUCGAGGCGACUGGGUGUCAACGGCGCCCAGGAGAUCAAGGACCACCCCUUCUUCUCGAGGCACAUUGACUUUAAGAAGCUUCUCGCCAAGAAGAUUCCUCCCCCGUUCAAGCCAUCGGUCGCCAGCGCCAUUGACACUAGCAACUUUGACGAAGAGUUCACCUCCGAGGUGCCCCAGGACUCGGUCGUCGCCGACUCGCACCUCUCGCAGACUGUGCAGCAGCAGUUUGAGGGCUUUUCGUGGUCCGUCUCGCCCCUCGGCGAGUCUGUUGGCAGGUAUUAA